AAUUUUUACCACUGAAUUUAACAGCUGUACAGGACACACCACGAUGUUUGGUGGGAUAGCAGGAAGCAGUUCCGAGAAAGAUUAAAUGCAUUUUAAAUGCAAUAUAACACCAACUUUAAAAUUAUGGGGGAAUAUUAUAAAACAUCAACCAUACAAAAUACAUGACAAACCUUUUCAGAGAUGCUUCUCAAAACCAACAAAAAUAAAUGAUCCUGACAAAAAAUGUAAUAUACAAAGACCAUUAGCUCCAAUAAUAUUACCAGCUAAUAGUCCUCAGGUGAAAAAGGAAACAUUUUGGAGUAACAUUGCAGGUGCGGAGUUACUAAUUAAAGUCACAGAUAGUAACAUUGAUCAAGUUCUUCAAAAUCACAAGGCGAUUUUGAUUAUGUUCUAUGGCACAUGGUGUUCAGUAUGUAAAGAUGUUAAUGUUGAAAUAGGAAAAGCUGCAAAAAUGAUUACUCCUGCUGAAGGAGCUUUUGGUAUUUGUGAUGCUAUGGACAAUGUAAAAGCAGUUGAUAAAUUUUUAAUUACAAAAACUCCAUCAUUCAAGUAUUUUAGAAAUGGAGUGUAUAUUGCUGACUACAUAGGAAGACCAUUGGCAAAAGAUAUAAUUUUCUUCAUGAAAUCACCUCCUCCUACUAUAAAUAAAUCUUGAAAGUCAAAUCCACAACUUUGAUAAUAAAAUUAUAAAUUAUAUUUA